AUGUUUGGUCAAGCAACAAGUCAACCUGCUCCUUCUUUUAGUUUUGGCUUGUUUGGCGCGACCAAUACCAACACAAGUGCUUUUGGUACAACACCUGCUUCAAACACCAAUACACCUAAUCUUUUUGGAGCUACGCCUGCUACUGCUUCGAGUGCCGCUACGCCUAGUCUUUUUGGAGCAACUCCUGCUGCUUCCUCUAACACGACUACAUCUAGUCUCUUUGGUGCAGCCCCCGCUUCUACGACUACACCUAGUCUUUUUGGAGCACCUUCUACAACUUCCAGUACACCUAGUCUCUUUGGUGCAACCUCCUCUACUACCACACCUAGUCUGUUUGGAGCAACCUCCACUACUAACAGUACACCUAGUCUCUUUGGAACAACCCCCGCUUCUUCUUCUACUACGACUACACCUAGUCUUUUUGGAGCAAACAACACAAAUGCAUCAGGUACCUCAUUAUUUUCUUCUACUACAGCCAAACCAACGACUUCUUUGUUCGGAAGUGGGUUUGGUAUAACCACAGCUCCUCAACAACAACAACAACAACAACAACAACAACAACAGCAAAAAACCAAUGAAUUAUUAGACAUCAAUAACUAUAUUCAAGAUACCAAAGCGCCUCUUUUUAUCGUAAAGCCCGAUUCCUUAACACGUACAACUGUCUCUGUUAACAACUUGCUUGGCAAUUCUAGAAAUGUACCAGUAAAGCAAACACCCGUUGCAGAAAACACAAGUAUCAAUUCCUCUCUUGCUUAUAAUGAAAGAAAUACCGUAUUGCCUUAUUAUCUUCUUUGUACGGAUAAAAACAUGAAGGUAUCAUCAAACAACCAAGUAUCUUCUGGAAAGAAAAGAGCAUUAGACAAUGUUGGUGAUGAAGGGUACAUAUUUCUACAAAUGGUCAUGAACUAA